AAACAGAAUCUGCGGUUGACUGUCUUGGAAUGCGGCGUUAGAGUGAGGCACUGAUGUUUCCCGGUGUAUUAAAGUUUAUAGAAGUUAUUAAAACGGUUUGUAUGGCCAUGGAGGGGUUGAAAACGAAUGAUCUUUUUUAAGCAUCCAGCGGUUGAAUCUGACAUCUGUUUAGGAGGCAUGUUAAUGGUUUUGUGGAUGUCAUAGUCAUACUUUAACUCAAGUUCAGUCCAAAACUUACACAUUGACCUUAGCAAUAAUGGUACUACAAGAGGGUUACUCCAUUAACUCAACCGUGGAUGACCAGGACUGUGACACUGCACCACUUUUAGAGAAGGAAAUUGAAAAAAUCAAAGCGCAUCCCAAAUGCUGCUCUGUACGAUGCAAUCUGGCUGCUAUGAUGUUCUUUGGCUUUGCUGUGGUCUAUGGUCUACGUGUAAAUCUCAGUGUUGCUAUGGUUGCUAUUGUUAAUGGAACCCUUAACCAGUCGUCCUCCAAUAGCAAUAUAUCAAAUGAGUGUCCAGUACCCACCCAUACACUUGACAACAACAGCCAAAGUUCAGAACAGCCAGAAGGGAUUCCAAGAUACUCAUGGGAUUCCGAGACGCAGGGAAUGCUGCUCGGUGCUUUCUUUUUUGGAUACCUGUUUACUCAGAUCCCGGGAGGCUACCUAUCAGGACGCUUUGGAGGAAGCCUGUUCCUUGGUGGUGGUGUGCUUGGAACAGCCGUCCUCACUCUCCUCACUCCACUGUCAGCACAACUUGGAGCCAAGUGGCUGUUUGCUUUGCGUGCACUGGAGGGAUUUGGGGAGGGUGUGACUUUUCCUGCUAUGAUGGCGAUGUGGGCCCGCUGGGCUCCUCCAUUGGAGAGGGCUCGUUUGAUGACGUUCUCAAGUGCAGGCUCUAGCUUUGGUGCCUUUGUGGCUCUUCCUCUCACUGGCCUCAUCUGCCAUAGUCUGGGGUGGCCAGCAGUCUUCUACUCCUGUGGUGGUGCAGGGUGCCUUUGGGCAGUGUUUUGGUUUAUCUUGGUGUCAGAUGAACCCCGAACUCACCCAAGAAUUAGUGACGGAGAGAAAGAUUACAUAAUUAACUCACUAGGUUCACAGGGCAAGCCUCAUGGUUGGUCAGUGCCUGUAUUAUCUAUGCUGUUCUCUGUGCCUCUUUGGGCCAUAAUCAUCCCCCAGAUGUGCUCUAACUGGUCUUAUUACACUCUCCUCACCUCACUUCCUACCUACAUGGACACUGUGCUCCACUUUGAUUUGCAACAGAAUUCAUUCCUGUCUGCUCUGCCUUAUCUGGCUGGAUGGCUUUUCUCAGUGGGCUCAGGUGUGCUGGCAGACAACCUCCUGGAGAGGGAGCUCCUAAGUGUCACAGCUGUCCGAAAAAUCUUUACUUUCAUUGGUUUGUUUCUUCCUGCUGUCUUCUUGGUCGCUGUAGGCUUCACUGGUUGUAGUGGUGUGUUGGCCGUGACUUUUCUCACUUUGUCCAGUGCACUCGGGGGUUUCAGUGCUGCUGGUGUCUACAUUAACCAGAUUGACAUUGCUCCACGGUACGCAGGUACACUUCUAGGAAUCACAAACACUUUUGGGACCAUCCCUGGUGUUCUUGCACCAAUUGUUGUGGGUUACAUGACCAGAGAUCACUCAGUUACAGGAUGGAGACAUGUGUUCUGGUUGUCAGCAGGGGUGAGCGCCUUCGGAGCCAUCUUUUACGUGAUCUUUGGCACUGGAAAGAUUCAGAGCUGGGCAAGGACAGAUGAGGAGUCAGACACAGACAUACACACUUAAACAUUCCAGCUGACCAAUUCAUAAGGAUAUGAUGACUCUGCCUUUGAACUUUAUGCUAUACUCAAAACAUAUGCUACCAGUCAAAGGUUUAGACAAAGCUUAGAAAAACAUAAAAUGUACCUACUUUAUAACUUUUUUUAAUGGACCAAACAGUAAUAUUAUUGGUCACUACAUAAUUCCCAUACUUUAAUAUGCAUUAUUUUAUAUUUUUUUAAUACCACUAUUAAAAAAUGGGUAAAUAGCAAAAAUAAUUAAUUAAUUAAAGUAUUAAUUGUACUUUAUUACAGAGUUUUAAAGGAAAAAAAAUUGAAGUGCCUUAUGAAGUGUAGUUUAUCAGUCUACCAAUAGUUUACUCAUUGCUUAAUGAUUCCGUUAAUGAUAAUACAGUGGAAAGGAGAAUUCAGAGUAAUUCCAUUUCUUAUUCUCAUUACUUUUUUGAUAAAGUAUACUCAGGACUUUGUGCUAUCUUUCAAACAAAUGUAACAGUGCAUGUAAAUGUGUAACAGUGGUGAAACAUUUAGGAGUUUCACUUUUUUUUUAUUACAUUUAAAAAUACUUCCUAAUAAGCACGUUAAUUCAUUAAUGAAAAUAUCCAUUUGGUACCAAUGUUGUUUAUGUCAUUUUAAACUGGCUAAUGAAGUAACUGUUUAUUUUAUCAUUCAAUUAAGCACUCAGGCCACUUAACUUUUUCAUGAAAACCAUGUUUUGUUACAAUUUUACUGACAGAUACAGUCUGUUCAUAUUUACUGGAAUAGGCCAGACAGGGAACAUUAUUAUUUUAAACCUUUCUUUGAAACUUGAAAUGUUUAAUGAAUUUUGAUGAAGUUUUGAUGAUUGCAAUAAAAAAUUUCAAUUAAUGUUUGUUUAAAACACUCAAAGAAAAAGGAAAAACUUUUCACUAAAAAAUGUCAGGUAUUACUUAUAUAUAUAUAAUAAGUCAUAUUCAUUUCUGAUUUUGAUCAUUCUCAAUAAAUACAGUGGUAUAUUUACUGUA